CCUGCGGCACGGCUCGGCUCGGCACAUCUAGGAACGACUCGGCUUAGAAUCGCUUCGGAUCGUCAUGGUUCAGCUCGGGGGCGGCCGCCGAGGCCCUCCGCCGGCCUUUAGCAUCGACAGCAUCCUGCAGCCCGGCCCCCGCCGCCCCGCUCGGGAGCAGGGCAGAGCCCGCUGCGCGCUGCCGGAGGAUGAGGAAGAGGGGCCUGCGGAGGAAGACCUCAGUAAAGGCUCCAGCAGCUCGGGCAGCGAGCCCCGCCGGCUCCGGGAGGAGGGGACGAGUUGUGGUCUGCUCCUGGGGACCGAGGGCUCCCCGCUGCCCACCGAGGGUCUCCGCGCACCUCGGCAGGCAACGCCGCGAGAGGCCGGGAGCUGCGGCGGGGAGAACGGCAGGUCGUCGUCGUCGGGAGGCAGGAAGAAGACGCGGACCAUUUUCUCCAAGAGCCAGGUCUUCCAGCUGGAGUCCACCUUCGACGUGAAACGCUACCUGAGCAGCGCCGAGCGCGCCGGGCUGGCAGCCUCGCUGCACCUCACCGAGACUCAGGUGAAGAUCUGGUUCCAGAACCGCCGCAACAAGCUCAAGAGACAGAUGUCGGCCGAGUCCGAGGGCCCCGGGACGGUGGAGCCCCCCGGGGAGCCUCCUCCCCCCACUUCGGCUCUUCCCGUGCCGUCCCUAUACAAGGACAGCCCCCUGCUCAGUCGCUGCCUGCUGCCGCUGCCGCUGCCCCUGCUCUGCCCUGGCAGUGCCAUCCCCUACCUCUGCUUGCCCGGGCCGGCCAAGCACUUCAGCCUAGUGGACGGGGACGUAUAGCUGCUCCCCCGGCCCUGACCUUCUUCUUGCCGGGGUCCACUUCUAUGUUAUUUAUGCCCACGCCGUGUCGGUGGAGUGGCCUCCUUCACUAUAGCCAGAGGCAGCCCCCCCACACCCCGCUGGCCACGCAGGAGCCUGU